UGGGGAGGGCAGGGGCCGCCGGGGAGCAGGGGGAUGGGAAAAGAGGCCCGUGGCUGGGCCUGGGAGCGGAGGCUCUUGUCUUGUGGGCAGGAAGUGUGAGGUGCAGAGCAGCUAGGGAGCCCAGGGGAGGCCACGGGGAGCGGAGUGGGAGGGGUGAGCAUGUGGGGGUGAGGGGAGCGGAAGUCGGAAGCUCCCGCCGCCACAUUCAUCAUUCACGGGGUGGGCGGUCCGUGCAGCAGGAACUGCUCCUGGGAGCCCAGACCCGUUCAUCCUUUCCUGGGUCCUUUGGAGGUGAGUGAGGGUAGAUGUGGAUUCCCAGUUGCCCGCCCUGGCCAGCACUCCCCCUGAUCCACACAAUGGGAUUGUGAAGGCGGACACUGCUGGGGGCUCCCGCGCACCUUGCACUCUGUGGAUGAUGGGUGACGACAGACUCUCUGAACACCCCGAACCUGUGGAAUUUCUCAACAUCUAUUUGGGAGAUCAACUGCAGCCUCACCCCGGAGCACACCUGAGGGAAACAUGCGGCAGUCCUGACCCUCUGAAACCUUGCGGGGAACAGACCUGUGCUUCUGACCCUCCUGAUUGCACAAGGCGAGAUGCUUCUCCCAGGGGCUCCAGCGCAGAACCCACACACCUGGGGAGCGGCUCUUCCCAGGGGGACCCGAGGCAGAGCCAGAGCACAUCCACCCAGGUGGUGUUCUGGGCGGGCAUCCUGCAGGCCCAGAUGUGCGUCCUGGACCUCGAGGAGGAGCUGGAGAAGACAGAGGGGCUCAAGGCCGAGCUAAGAUGCUGCCUCCCCCCAGCCCCUGCAGACCUCCCCACUUUCCCCUCCAGCCCUGCGGGCCCCCGGGAUUCGGGCCUCCGCCCCAGCCUCCCCGUGGAGGACGCCUUGGGGGAAGACAGCAGUGGGCCUGAAGGGGAGAACCAGAACCCUGUGUGGCUGGGGAAGGGAGCCCCAGACUCUUCCCCGGAGUGGGGUCCUGAGGAGGAGAGCGUGUUCUUCGACAACCCCCUCUUCCUGGACAGCCCUUGCUCGGACACCAGUGCUUCCGAAGAGCACUUUUCCUGGGGGUUCCCAGUCUCCCCAGCAGAUGUGAGGACUGGGCCCCAGAGCCCACAGACCCUGGAGCCUCCCCUCCCAGGAGGCAGGGUGCCCUGGGAGCUGGGAAGUGAGCCGGGUUUAGAGGACGGCACAGCUGAUUCCAGCAGGUCCACCACCCCUCCGUUCCCUGUGCCCAUCUACAGACCGCACUUCUCCUGGGCCACAGUGGACGCCACUGACGGGGCUUUUGCAGCACCUCCUGGCCAGGGGGAGAGUGAGUCCUCUCCGGGAGACAGCCUUGGCCCUGCCCCACCUGCAGCAUCCAGUGUGGACAAAGUGUUGACCUGGGAAAUAGGACAAGUCGGAUCUGAACCUAGCCCUGCCACACAUCCUGUGCAACCUUGGGCCCUGCCCAGCCCUGAGAGCUCACGGACAGAAGCUUGUCCCUCAUGGCCCCAGGUGCCUCUUAUCUCCCAGGAUAGAGGUGACAGAGAUGCUGAGCGUCCCCAGGAGUCUGCUCCCUGCACCUUGGCCCCUGGCCCCUGGGGGAGCCCAGCCUCUUCGCCAGAGCCUGGCAGCCCUGAGCCUGAGAGUGGAGGCCGCAGCCCCAGGCCCAGCGCUGUGUCUUCCCAGGAAGGCAGCCCACAGCUCCGGGGCCGCCACUCGAGCAGCACUUUUCCCAAGUGGACACUAGAUGCUUCCUGCUCGUCACUUGUGGAGACAGAUGGGGCAGAGCCAAGUUCCCUGGAGAAAGAGGAGGCAAGAGAGGCCCCAAACCCAGGGAAGGAAAUAAAGAGUGAAGGCCCAGCGAGGACCUCAGAGGCUGGAGCCGUCCAGCCUGACCUUCACUUGACUUCUGCACAAGGGCUUCCUGAGAGCCCCAUGCUCCAAGCGCAGUGCUCAGAGGAAGGCCACAGGCCUCAGGCUGGAGAUAAGCUGGCUAACGGCGUCAGGACCGACAAGGUGGCCUGGAACUUGGCCUCUCGCCUCUAUCACCUGGAGGGCUUCCGGAAGUCUGAAGUGGCUGCCUACCUGCGGAAGAACAAUGACUUCAGCAGGGCUGUGGCCGAGGAGUACCUGUCCUUUUUCCAGUUUGGAGGCCAGAGCCUGGACCGUGCCCUCCGGGGCUUCCUCCAGGCCCUGGUGCUCAGUGGGGAGACGCAGGAGCGGGAGCGAAUCCUCUACCAGUUCUCCAAACGCUUCCAUCACUGCAAUCCUGGGGUCUUCUCCUCAGUAGAUUCUGUACACACCUUGACCUGUGCCAUCAUGCUCCUUAACACCGACCUGCACGGACAGAACAUUGGGAAGAGCAUGAGCUGCCAGGAAUUCGUAACCAACCUGAAUGGCCUGCGGGACGGCGGGAACUUCCCCAAGGAGCUGCUGAAGGCCCUCUACUGGUCUAUCCGAAGUGAGAAGCUCGAGUGGGCCGUGGAUGAGGAAGAUACAGCUGUUCCCGAGAAGGCCCGGCCGUCUCCCCACGCUGGCAAAUCGAGCAACCCCUUCCUCCAGCUGGCCCAGGACCCCACGGUGCCCACUUACAAACAGGGCAUCCUGGCUCGGAAGAUGCAUCACGAUGCCGAUGGCAAGAAGACACCGUGGGGGAAGCGCGGCUGGAAGAUGUUCCACACUUUGCUGCGAGGGAUGGUCCUCUACUUCCUGAAGGGAGAGGACCAUGGUUCUGAGGGGGAGAGUUUGGUGGGGCAGAUGGUGGACGAGCCCGUGGGGGUGCACCACUCGCUGGCCAGCCCGGCCACCCAUUACACCAAGAAGCCACACGUCUUCCAGCUGCGGACUGCUGACUGGCGACUCUACCUCUUCCAGGCACCCACUGCCAAAGAGAUGAGUUCCUGGAUCGCGCUCAUCAACCUGGCUGCAGCCACGCACUCGGCGCCGCCCUUCCCCGCCGCGGUGGGCUCCCAGCGCAGAUUCGUGCGGCCCAUCCUGCCGGUGGGCCCCGCCCAGAGCUCCCUGGAGGAGCAGCAUCGUUCCCACGAGAACUGCCUGGACGCUGCCUCCGACGACCUGCUGGAUCUGCAGAGGAACUUACCGGAGCGGCGGGGCCGAGGCCGAGAACUGGAGGACUACCGCCUGCGGAAGGAGUACCUGGAGUACGAGAAAACCCGCUACGAGACAUACGUGCAGCUGCUGGUGGCCCGGCUGCACUGCCCCUCAGAUGACCUGGACCUGUGGGAGGAGCAGCUGGGGAGGGAAGCUGGAGGCGCCUUGGAGCCCAAGCCCAGCCUGAAGAAGUCCCACUCGAGCCCAUCCCUGCACCAUGACGAGGCCCCCACCACGGCCAAGGUGAAGCGCAACAUCUCAGAGCGCAGAACCUACCGGAAGAUCAUCCCCAAGCGGAAUCGCAAUCUGCUGUGAAGCCGGUGCCACCUCACAGCCUCUGGCCCCAUGCUGUGGGGUGGACCUGAGAUGAAAACCUGCGGAGGAGCCUCUUCUCAGUGGGUCCGUGAUGGGGGAUGAGGCCCCCCCUUCCCUGCUGAAGGACAACCUCCAUUCCCCUGUGGUCCUCAUUCCCUCCCUCGCUCGCUCACUGGAACUUUCCUAAUACUGCAGUGCCCGCCCCCAUGGCAGUCCCUGGCCGCUCCUGAGGGAGCAGGGAGGUCAAGGAUUUGGCUCCACUCCCAGAGUUUGUCCGAUGUCACUCUCCACCCCUCCAGAUCCAGCGUGGCUACGUUUCCUGGACCUGGGGGCAGCUCAGCGCUUGUUUGAGAACCAGAGCACAUGUGGGCCCUGGGCUCCCAGGAGAGAGCCUGGGGCAGCAGAGCCCUGUGGACAGUCAAGCUAGGGGACCCUCAGCCCUGAGGAUGGGCUUGCUCUGGGCAUCAGGUGACCUGCUGGGUGAGGUCCUCGGAGACCCCAAGCAGCCUCAUGGGACUGAGGGAGCAGGGUUGCUCAGGCCCGGCCCACUGAGUGGACAGCCUUCUGGGCAGGGGCAG